UUUUCUUUUCCUACAGCAAACAGCCUUUUCUCUCUCUUUCUCUCUCUUCCGUCUUUCUAGUCUCAUAAUAGGGCAUAGAGACGUUCGGAAAACAAGGAAAAAUGUACAUGUAUGUAUGAAUACGUGCAGAAAUAAAAAGGCAAAAAAAGCAAAGUAAUCUGCGGAGCGUCUAGAUUGCACAACCAGCUGAGGCUGAGCGGAGUAGGAAGGUUGGGGGGGGGGGUGCCUCUACUCCACCGUUUAUGGUCAAGUCCAAGUGGUGGCAGAUCGACGGUCGUCGGCGUAUUUAUUAUCUUUCUUCUUCCUAUCUCAGGUACCAUCCUUUCUCAGGAGCUGCGGUCUUUCCCUUGCUGGAUUAAACUUGAUUGAGUUGCAUUCAGGCUUUGUCUCUGGAACGAAAGAUGUUUGGCUCAAGCCCUUUUGGGCAGGCAUCUAAUAGCCCGUUUGGGUCACAGUCAGUGUUUGGGCCGACCACCAAUGCAGCCAGCAAUCCUUUUGCUCCCAAAGCCUUUGGGAGUACGACUCCUUUUGGCGCUCAAACCGGGAGUUCUUUAUUUGGCAGCACUUCUACUGGUGUGUUUGGGAACCAAAAUUCUUCACCUUUGGGUUCCACAUCAGUUUUUGGUUCUUCAUCAUCUCCUGCUUUUGGAACUUCAACGCCUGCCUUUGGAGUGUCAUCAGCUCCUGCCUUUGGUAGUUCGUCAUCAUUUGGAAGUACAUCUGUUUUUGGACAGAAGCCUGCUUUUGGAGCCUUUGGUGCUGGUACCACCCAAACUAGUCCAUUCGGAGGCUCUUUUCAACAGUCACAGCCCGCUUUUGGUAGUAAUCUAUUUGGUUCCUCGACACCUUUUGGCGCAUCAAGUCAACAACCUGCAUUUGGUGCUGCAAGCACGCCGGCAUUUGGUGCUGCAAGCUCGCCAGCAUUUGGUGCUGCAAGCUCGCCGGCAUUUGGUGCUGCAAGCUCGCCGGCAUUUGGUGCUACAGGCAGUGCAUUUGGUGCUGCAAGUGUUCCAGCAUUUGGUGCUGCAAGUGCGCCUGCAUUUGGUGCUGCAAGUGCGCCUGCUUUUGGUGCUGCAAGUAGUCCCUCUUUUAGUUUUGGUUCCUCUCCAGCUUUUGGCCAGUCGGCUUCUACUUUUGGUAGUAGUCCAUUUGGCACUACUACAACACCUUUUGGAGCUCAGAGUUCACCAUUUGGAGCUCAGGCUACUACUCCAACAUUUGGCAGCUCUGGUUUUGGACAAUCUGCUUUUGGAACCCAGCGUGGGGGAAGUAGGGUCACCCCUUAUGUGCCAACAGCUGAGGUAGACACUGGUACACAACCAGCUGGAAAACUUGAAUCAAUAUCAGCCAUGCCUGUUUACAAGGAUAAGAGCCAUGAAGAACUUCGAUGGGAGGACUAUCAGCUUGGAGAUAAAGGAGGACCUGCGCCUGCUGGGCAGUCAACUGCUGCAAUUGGUGGUUUUGGUGCUUCAGGAUUCGGAUCCUCUUCGACCCCUGCUUUUGGCCAGUCGUCUGCUAGCCCCUUUUCAUCUUCCACUUCUUCCAACCCUUUUGCACCAAAAACUUCAUCUUUCACUAGUCCAGGUUUUGGAUCUUCAUCUUCCUCUGCGUUUGGUUCUUCACCUUUUGGAGCUGCAACCCCAUCGAACCCCUUUGGCUCGACAACAUCAUCCACCCCUACCCUGUUUAAUUCAAACCCCCCUUUUGGAGCCAGUACCUCCCCUUCACUUUUUGGCUCUUCAAAUGCUGCUUCUUUUGGAACAUCAACUUCUAUUUUUGGUUCGUCAUCUGCACAAGCAACAAAUCCUCCAUUUGGUUCUGGCUUAAGCUUUGGCAACACUCAGUCAUCCCCGUUGUUCCAAUCAACUACGCCUUCACUUGGACAGACCAGUUCUCCUUUUGGACAGGCCACGUCAUCCUUUGGACAAAGUGCACCACCUUUUGGCCAAUCAAGCAUAUUUACUUCACCAUCUUCUGGUUUUGGUGGCAACUUGUUUUCAAGCACUUCAUCAUUGUUAACUACAAGCAAUCCCAUUGGGUUUGGUCAGACCACUCCUUCCAUUUCUACACCAUUUCAAGUGGUGCAGCCUGCUCAGAGUACUGGUGCAUUUGGCUUUGGAAACUUUGGUCAGACACCAUCAGCUGGUACAAGUGCCUUGGGUGUCACGUCAAACAUAUUUGGUCAGACUGCUUUUGGGCAAUCGUCAGCUAUUCAGAGCUCUAUGGUUGGACAAUCUGUUCCAACAAAUCCGUUUGGAACUUUACCAGCAAUGCCACAGAUGUCAAUUGGUCGCACUGGCACUUCUCCUUCAAUUCAGUAUGGGAUUUCUAGCCUACCUGUCGUUGACAAACCUGCUCCUGUCAGGAUAUCAUCAAUUUUGACUUCUAGACAUCUUUCCCAAAGACGGAUCAGGUUGCCUGCUAGGAAAUACCAUCCGAAACCUGAUGGUCCUAAAGUUCCUUUCUUCAAUGAUGAUGAAGAAACACCCAGUACACCAAAAGCAGAUGCCCUUUUCAUUCCCAGGGAAAACCCUAGAGCUUUGGUGAUUCGUCCAGUGGAACAGCGGCAACCUAGGAUGAGUGUUGAGAAAAACACCCAGUACACAUCUAGUGCCACUCAUGAGAAUGGUAAACCUCCAGAAUUUGGUUCUGCUCCUCCUGUAAAUGGGUUUAGUGCUGAGGAUACAGAUAAAUUUUUAGUUGAAAAUGGCUUCAAGGAUCAAGUUCAUCCUGUCAAACAGAACCAGAAGCCUAAUGGGGUUUCUGAUGAGCAUUCGACGCAAAAGGGAGAUUUGUACAGUAUCACUCUUACUGGCCACCGAGCUGGUGAAGCAGCUGUUGCUUACGAGUACGGUGCUGAAAUUGAGGCGCUGAUGCCAAAACUUCGUCAUGCUGAUUAUUAUACAGAGCCCAAAAUCCAGGAGCUGGCAGCCAAAGAAAGGGUUGAAGCAGGAUACUGCCGGCGGGUGGAGAAUUUUGUGGUUGGAAGACACGGCUAUGGCAGCAUCAAGUUCAUUGGGGAGACAGAUGUUCGCCGACUUGACCUAGAAUCUUUGGUCCAAUUUAAUAACCGAGAGGUGAUAGUAUACAUGGAUGAGAGCAAGAAACCUCCUGUUGGACAAGGUCUUAAUAAGCCUGCAGAAGUGACACUCCUGAAUAUAAAAUGCUUUGACAAGAAGACUGGACAGCAUUAUACAGAGGGUCCAAGAAUUGAGAAGUAUAAGGAGAUGCUUAAAAGGAAGGCAGAGGAUCAAGGUGCUGAAUUUGUUUCUUAUGACCCAGUAAAAGGAGAAUGGAAGUUCAGAGUCAAGCAUUUCAGUGGAUACAGCCUCAGGGAAGAUGUUGAUGAGUCUUCAUAUCUUUCUACAAGAUGCUGAAGUCUGGAUGAAACAUGAAUGGGAGUAAUUGUAAUGCUGUCUUAGAUUUUUUUUUUUUUUUUGGGGUUUUUGUGCAUGUAUAUAGGAAUUUAUACCAAUUUUAUGGCACCUUAUUAGAUAUACUGCUGCUGCAUUGCAGAUUGUCGUUACCCUCUCGCUUUGUUGUUGUGGGCUCUUUUUGUUGUUUUUCCCUCCUUGGGGGAUGUGGUAUGUUUACAAUCUGGGAUUUGGCCUACAGGCUACAGUGGUUCAUAUCCUGUUUUGGUCUAUUGGUUUUGAACAGUAUGAAAGGGUGAAACAACUCCAGGUUAAAUGUGAUCUUUCUAGAGGGCCUAGCUUUUUCCUGUGAAAGAAAGGAUGUUCUAUUUC